CUCUCAACCAUCCGCACGUCUGUGCCAAAGCGCCAUGUUGGUGCUGCUAUCUUCGGCGAUGAGGUUCCACGCCAAGCCAGCCACAGAGGUGGUCAAGAGGACCACACCGAGGCUUCUCCACAAGACGAAGGCGUUAGUCCAAGAGCUCCGACAGAUCGAAGCCAAGGACAUCAAAAAGCAGCUGCACGUCAACGAUGCGCUGGCGAAGCAGUACACGCAGCAUUUGAAUCAGUUUGAGGCCAAAGAGCCUGUGCCCUGCGGUUUGUUGUACGACACACCCUUCUACGAAGCCUGCAGCUUUGGCACCUUCGACGAGGAGGAUGCUGAGUGGGCUAACUCCUACGUUCGAAUCUUGUCGGGUCUUUAUGGUUUUCUGCGACCCUAUGACGACAUCCAAACGUUGAGUUUGCCCGUGAGCUUGAACACCAAGCUCAAGAACAGCAAGGGCCAAUUUCUUCGAAAUUAUUGGAAGGAACACAUUUACAAGGAGAUGGACGAUGCCCUGCAGAGCCUUCCAAUGCUUGUGAUUCUCAACCUGGCUGCAGAAGAGGACAAGGACAUCUUAGAUCCAGAGUUUCUGCCUGCCGCAGCUAGAGUAGUCAAGGUGGACUUCAAAAUCUCCAACAAGGAUGAUGCGGGCACCGCCAAGGGAGAGUUCGUGAGGUGGAUGCUGGAGAAUCGGUGUAUGACCGUGGAGGAUCUCUUAGAGUUCAAGGGAUUGGACGAGGAGUCGCCAGACUAUCGCCUCAGUAAGAAGCAAACCUCUGCGGAUUCGCUGCUCUUCGAACAGAACGUGGGCGAUGGACUUGACGGUGGCUGGAGCCGGAAGAUGAAGGAUUUUGGUGGCUCCAAGGGCAAGUUCAUGAAGGAAUUUGCCAGCGGUGCGCAGAAGUACCAGCGCGCAGAGAUCAAGAACGCCUUGAAGAAGGAGACCAAAGCUAACAAGAAGAAGGGCUCCUCUGCGUUCUACUGAUGCGGGCUGAUUUUCCUUCUGGGUGUGUCCCGAAAAUGCCCGAAAAGCAUCCCGAAACCAGCCCAGACCCAUCGAUGUCCGAUAUGUUCGAAUUACAAGUCACCAAAUCCGCAAAGAUGUCAAGAGAAAGCAGCAUUCGACGGAUUUGUUUGACACGUUUGACACAUCAGUGUCCUGUGAAUUCUCCGCAGUAUCCGGGAUGGUAUAUGUCGCAUAUCCCAUGACUUGAUGACAUGCAUUUCUGAUGGGGAUAUU